AAUCAUUACAAGUAGAGUUGUUGCUGCUUAAUGAUAGUUUGUUAGAACUUAAAGAGUCUACGCUGGUUGAAAAAAUCAACACAAACCUGCAGACUUAACAAAAUGAGGUGCAGAUUGUGUAAUGUGAAGAAACUGUCUGAUGAAUUUCCGCAAGCAGACCUGAACGAUGCAUGCAGACAUCCUCGAUUCUAUUGCAUGAGGUGCGUAGUUUCAACAUGCAAGAAGAGUGGUGUGUGUCCACAUCCCGGGUGUGACCAGCCGGUCCCCACUGAUGGAGACGUCAUCAAACUACUGGAAUACACGCUGGCCGAGAUGUUUAAAGAGUACCCAUGUGAAUACUCGGCUCAGUUCGUGUCAGAAGAUUCCUGCACUGAGAUGAUCAGAAUCGCUGUUCUGAAUGGAGACAGCAUCACUCUUCCUUUCAACCCUGAGAUGACAGUCUUUGAACUGAAAGAACAAAUAAAAACCAAGCUUGACCAUGAUGUGAAGAAGCAGCAGUUGAUAUACAAGGAUGCUGAAUUGCAGAUGUAUGCAAAUAGCGGUGGCUUUACAAAGCUUGCUGACCUCAACAUAGUGGCCAACUCCACCAUCUAUCUUGCAGUAACACUAUUUGAUAUUCCAUCUAACUUGAACCAUGUCAUCUUUGAUCUACAUUGGGGAUAUCCAGAAUGCUGGUAUUAUACUGGUUCACAUGGUCCAGUGGAACGCACUUUGAAAAUUAGGGCUGUUGGAGGUCGUGAAGCUUCAUAUGGUGUCAAUGUGCCAUAUGAAUGGUGUGAACCUAUAAGGAUAAAAGGCUAUCUCGAUGCAUCGUGUCUUGUAUACAAAGGCAAACAGUUUCUUGAGGUUUACGAUUUUCACCCUGAACAUCAGGCAGAAACCACAGUCUGCAAAGGCAUCAUCACCCAUACUGGAGACAAAAUGGACGACUUGAACAAGGUCGGACAUCACACCAUAAAGGUUUCUCUGCAGCAGCUACCACCGCAUGUCACCCAUUUAUUCUUCACAUUGAGUGGCUGGAGUUGUAAUAGCAUCAAAGAAUUUCCAGACCUGAGUUUGAAGUUUUACGAUGCACGAGCACCUGAUGAUAACCUUUGUGAGACAAAGCUAACAGACAGCGUUCGAAAAAGAGCUGUGAUCAUGUGCUGUGUGUCUCGCUCAGGUAAAGGCUGGAGAAUACUUGAAUGUGGGAAGACUUCCGAGGGUUAUGCUGAUGACUAUGAGCCUAUCAAGGAAACCAUCAGGAAACUUUUUGACCUUCCCGAUAUCUAAGGAUUAGGUACAACUGUGUAUACAGUCGGACCUCGUUACAAAGACCACAUUCGUCCAUGGGUCACUUUGUCAUUCUAUCGAAAUUGUCAUUAUAUAAAAACUGCCGAAAUACAAGUUUGUUUUGUUUAAUGACUCCACUAG